AUGGCAGCAGCAAUACCUCGUCAUCUUCUUGAAACACUUGUCAAUUGUCCAGCUUGUUCACAACGUUAUAAUGAACCGAGAGUUCUACCAACAUGUGGGCAUACUGUUUGUACAACAUGUCUUGAAAAUGAAUGGAAUCAUCAAGAAUCUUCAUUAACAAUAGAUGAUGACAAUGACAAAUUGAAUCAUUAUUGUCCCGUAAAAAAUUGUCGAAAAGAAAUAUGUUCAACAAUAAAUAAUUAUACAGAUUUACCCAUAAAUCAAACCGUUCUUGAUCUUAUAGAAUCAUGUAAUUUUCAUGUUGAAGCAACUGGACAAUGUCAUGUUUGUAAUCAAUCACCAUCAUUUGUUAAAUGUUCACAUUGUUGUUUAUUUGUUUGUUUUGAAUGUGCUAAUCAACAUAGACGUGAAGCAUUAACAACAUUAACAAAUAAUAUAAAUACAUUAGAACAAGAAUAUUUAACUAUGAAUGAUCAAAUUGAUCAUGCAAGACAAAAAUUAAUUGAAACAAGACAAAAAUCUAUUGAUACAAUACGUUUACAUUAUACACGUUUAGUUGAUGAAUUACGUUGUGCACAAAUAACAAAUGAAGAAAUUGUUGAAAGACAAUCAACUAUUUGUAAUAAUGAACUUGAAUUACUUAUUGAUGAACAUAAACAACGUUGUGAACAAAUCAAUAAAGCAAUACAAGAUUUACGAAUAAUAAUAACAGAUUGGUCAACGAUAGAACAAUUUAAACAAUUACAAUUAAAAUUAACACACUUACAAGAAGAUAUACAUGAAGCAAAUGAAAUAUUUCAUGAACGUUUACCAGAAAUGAAAAUAUUUGAAUUUGAUAAUGACGAUUAUAAAAAGAAAACUUAUAAUAAACAUGUUGAUUCGCCAUCACAAACAGAUGAAUUAAUUAUGAUCAAUUGCAAACAAAAUUUAGUAACUUCAACUGAAUCAACACGAAAUCAUCAUCUAGAUGACUCAUGUAGUACAGCUUCUUCAACAAAUAAUGAUCAGAUAAAGAUUUCUACUCCAACAAAUCGUCGAACAAUAAAAACAAAUGCAAAUGGUAUAGGAAAUCAUUAUAAAUCACUCAAUACUAUUACACAUCAUCAACAAACAUCGAAAAAUCUAUCUAAUGAUAAUAAAAACGAUACAUUAUCUGAACAACAACAACAAACAACACGACCAUCUCCAUCAAUAAAUACAAAUCUUCGUUCUCAUCCACCUGUUUCAGGAAAUAUAUUAGCAAAAACUGUUUCGAAUUCCAUAGCUGAUCUAUCUAUAGCAACACAUAAUCAGAAAAUGUCUUCAACAACAAUUCGUACAGCAACAUUUCAAUCCAAAUUAGAUAAUUGUAAUAUUGAAUCAUGUAAAAAAAUUCCUCUUUCACAAAGUUUUGAUUGGGGAAUGUUAGCAAUAACAAAUACAAAUUUAAUAUUACUUUAUAAUAAAGAUAAAAGUUCAUUAGUUAUAUUUGAUGCUAAUGGACAUGAGAAUGAAAGAAUUCAAUGGUCAGAUGGUGAUAUUAAAGAUUUAUGUAUUUAUCAUGAUGAUAGUAUAAUUAUAGUAGGUGAACAUAAACAAGCAUCAAAACCAAUUGAAUGUAAAUUAUAUGUAUGUAAUUUAACACGAAAACAACUUGAACGUGAACGUGUUGUUGAACGUGGUCUUAAUUGUCAACGUGUUGCAUCAGAUGAACAAUUUAUUUUUUAUGCAUCAGAAAAAGGUUGUAAUAAAUCUAAAGUAUCUGUAUUUGAUCAUGAAUUACAAUUACAAAUAACGUUUGAAUCUGGUGUUGAAAUACGAAGUUUAGGUGUUGAUAUGCAAUGUUGUUAUAUAUUAGGUAAAAGACGUGAACGUGAACCAGGAAGAUAUUUUCUUGAAAAACGACAAAAAAAUGGUCAACUUAUUCGUCGUAUUGAUUUAUAUGAAAUAAAUGUUGAUAAUAUGAAUCGAUUGAUUGUUGAUUCAGUUAGUCGUGGUAUUAUUGUAACAGAUGGAGGUAACAAAAAAAUCUGGGCUAUUGGGCCAGAAGGUGAAAAAAAAUCAAUUCAAUAUAGACCAUGGCCAUGGAGUGUGGGAUUUUUAACCAACGAUACUUUACUUAUCUUGCAUGCUGGUUGUUUAACUUUUCAUGCAUCUAAUAAUAAUAAACAAAUGAAUAAUGGAACAAAAAUUAAAAAUGUUAUUCCUAAUGCCGAAAAAUGUUCAACAAAAUGUAAAUUAAAAGAGAAAAUUGGUAAUUUNUGUGAUGUAUGUAAUACAUGGAUAUCAAGUGGUGUUGCACAUUAUUUAAAUGAUUUACGACGUGUACAUCAAUUACUUGUAUCAUCAUUACAAAAGUUUACAUCAAUACAACAACAUAAAAAUGAUAUAUCAAUAAUCUAUAGUGAAAAUGCUUUAAUAAUUGAAAAUUUAGCUGUAUUACGAGCAUGGGCUGAUGUUUAUAAUGUCGCAACAAUAAGACAAAAUGAAGAAAAAAAUAAUCCAAAUAGUUAUUUAUUAAUGCUUGUACGACCUGAAUUAAAUAUUCUUAUGCAUCAUUCGCUUGCAGUAUUAACUGAUUAUGCUUUUUUAAUCUUACCAAAUGAAUCUGGUGGUAGUGGUGGUAAUAUUGAUGAAAGUUCUCAUGGUGGAAAUUUUUAUUCAGCUGAAUCAAAUAUUGAUUUAACACGUACAAUUUAUAAAACUAAUUGGUCAUCAAUUAUGCAAGCAACAACACAAUGGCUUGGUGAACAUCAUUAUGAACUUCAAACAUUAGCUGCUAAUCAAAAACUUAUUGGAUAUAGACAACGUGAUAUAUUAAUAACAAAAUUUAUAACAUCAACAUUAUCAAAUACAAUACGAACAUUUCCAGAAAAAAAAGAAGAUAUGUUUUCAAUGUUAUUAGGUUGUUGUAUUGAAGCACUUUCAAUAUCUAUUUCAGAACAAACAGAAGAAAAUAUUGAAUCAAUUUUAUCUUCAUUAAUUAAUUUGCUUCAAUCAGAUAUAGCUGCAAAUCAGAUAACAAUGAUUGUGUGUAUUGAAAUUUAG